AUGAACCCCCCUGGGAGAAGGAGGUGCAAGGCGCUGCUGCAGCAGCGGGAAAUUCCGGCUGGGCAACGCCUGAUGUUCCCCAGGAGAAGGGAGACGUGCAGAGGAUUCCAAUGGGAUGCUCUGGCUGGGGAGCAGCUCCCACUCCCCGCCGAGAGAAGAUGCCAGAAGCGGAGACGCGGCAGCAGUGGCUGCAGCGGUGGACAGCUGUGCACUCUGGCUGCAGGGCAGCGCUACCUGCUGGGACUCUUCCUCCACAUGUGGCUGUGGACCGCCUCCGGCUCGUCAGCUCAGGUGUACAACCUCAGCCUAAUAGUGGACGAAGGGCUCCCCCCUGAUACUCUGGUUGGGGAUAUCCUCGCCGGGCUGCCCGGUGAGCAGCAGGGGGUGGGAGACGGCUUCUUCCUGUCUGAGGACUCGGGAGACUCCCCGCUGCUGGACGACUUCCAUAUAGAUACCGACACGGGCAUCAUCCGUACCGCACGGAGCCUGGACCGGGAGCGGCGGGACCGCUAUAGCUUCGUGGCGGCCACAUUGCUGGGCGCCGUGGUGCAGGUGGAGAUUACCGUGAACGACGUGAACGACCAUUCGCCACGCUUUCCAAGUGACUCCCUGCAGCUGGACAUCUCUGAGCUCAGCCCGCCAGGCACAGCUUUCCGCCUGCCAGGUGCCCGGGACCCAGAUGCUGGGUUGUUUAGCACCCAGGGUUACACCCUGCUACAGCCUCCUGAACUCACACAGAACGUGGAGGGACCCUUCUUCCAGCUGCGCUACGGAGGCGGCCCGGGGCAGCAGCCUUCCUCAUCGGGCUCCUCCUCCUCCUCACCACUGGAACCUCUGGACCUAGUGCUGGUGCGGCGUCUGGACCGCGAGGAGACCGCUGCUCAUGAGCUGAUGAUCGAGGCGUGGGAUGGAGGCAGCCCUCGGCGCACUGGCCGCCUGCAAGUGGAGGUUCGCGUACUGGACGAGAACGACAAUCCACCAGUCUUUAACCAGAGCGAGUACCGUACCUCCGUGCGCGAGGACGCCCCGCCGGGUACCGCCAUCUGCAGGGUGCAUGCCACAGACCGCGACUUGGGGCCCAAUGGCCAAGUGCGCUACAGCCUCCGCGCCCGGCAGCCUUCCACUGGCGGGUUUGACAGCGAGGGGGCCUACUUUUCCGUGGAGGAGCUGAGCGGCGUGGUGCGGGUUCGUCGGCCCCUGGACCGAGAGUCCCAGGCCCGAUACCGGCUGGUUGUGGAAGCCCUGGACGGAGGCGCAGAACCUGAGGUAGCCAGCGCUCUGGUGUCCAUUGAAGUGCUAGACGUGAACGACAACCGGCCGGCCAUCCACUUGCUCUUUCUAACAGAAGGAGGCGUUGCUCAGGUGUCAGAGGGCGCCAGGCGCGGGGAUUACGUGGCCCGCGUCUCAGUGUCGGAUAUAGAUGGGGACCCUGUGGAAGAGGCUGCUGAGGUCGGAAUGGGGAGCGAAGGGGGUAAAGCGGGCAUCACGCUGUCUUUGGAAGGCGGCAUGGGCUCCUUCGCACUGCGCCCAGGAGGCACCCGGGACGUGUUCUUCCUCUGCGUGGAGGGGCCCCUGGACCGGGAGAGCCGCAGCCUGUACGAGUUGCUACUAGUGGCCAAGGACUCGGGGUCCCCGCCCCUUAGCGCCCAAGAGGUCCUCUUGCUUCGGGUCACCGACAUCAACGAUCAGGCACCCCAUUUCAGCCAGGAGCGCUAUUAUGCCUCAGUGUCUGAGGCCGCAGCUCCCGGCACUGCAGUGCUCCGUCUCAGUGCGUCUGAUGGAGAUGAGCCAGGCACUGACCAUGCCAGGGUGCGUUAUGCCCUAGCCCAGGUCCAGCCCUCCAAGGGUUGUAGCCCUGAAGAAGCAGCUUCUGGACCAAGAUGCCCUCCUCUGGCCUUUGCUGUAGACCCAGAGAGCGGGGUGAUAAGCACUACUGGGAUCUUGGACCGAGAGGUCCAGGAGGCUGUGGAGCUGCAAAUAGUAGCCCGGGAUCUCGGCCACCCUCCCCUCUCCUCCACAUGCUGGGUCAGCCUCACUAUAGAAGAUGUAAAUGACAAUGAGCCCGUUUUCCAGCGACAGGUGUACAACGCCAGCGUCGCUGAACAUGCUCCUUCUGGGCACUGCUUUCUGCAGGUCAAAGCAUCAGAUGCUGACACAGGCAGAUACGGCCAUAUUGAAUACCUUCUUUAUGAUGGAUUCCACAGCUCUGAACAAUCUCAAGCAUUCCAGAUUGACCCACAUACUGGCCACAUCUGUGUGUCUCAAGAUAUAGACAGGGAGCGAGAUCCGGCCACCUAUGAUUUGUUGGUGAAAGCUCAGGAUGGGGGUGGACUAAGUGCCCAAGCUUUUGUUCGAGUGGAGCUGAAGGAUGUGAAUGAUAAUCAACCUGUUUUUAACCCGGCCUCCUACGUGACGAGCAUCAGUGGGCACACACAGCCAGGCACGGAGAUUCUCAAUGUCGUCGCUACUGACAGGGAUGCCGGAAUAUAUGGAGUAGUGGCUUAUGAGCUCAUUCCAGGAGACUUCUCCUCCCUCUUCACAGUUGAUGCUGCCACAGGAAUUAUUUAUUUAAUAUCAACUCUUAGUCAUUUGGAGUCUACUAGCAUGUUUUUGACUGUCUCUGCCCGAGACGGUGGUGGCCUCACAUCUGUAACUAAUGCAGAUGUCACCAUCCACAUCCUCCAGACUGCUCUGGCACCUGCCAUUUUUGAAAGAUCCAAAUAUGUUUUCUCUAUUCAUGAAGACAUGCCUGAAGACAGCCCUGUUGGAACCGUGAAAGCAAGAGAGCCUUCAAAUUCCUUAGAGACAGUAUCUUACAGAAUUUCUUCUGGGGAUCCCUAUGGGAGUUUCACUAUUGACCCUAGGUUUGGUGUCAUCCGUACUCGGAAGCAGCUGGAUCAUGAAAUCCAAUCCAGAGUUAUCCUCACUAUCCAGUCACAAUUGGGCAGCUCUCCUGUCUAUAGUAGCACCCAAGUCAACAUCACUGUGAUUGAUGUCAAUGAUAACCCUCCCAUUUUUCGCUCAGCUUCUGAUGAGUUGAGGUUAUUACAAAGUACAUUGCCUGGCACUGCCUUAUAUAUUGCUCAUGCAGAAGACAAAGACAGUGGCCAGAAUGGAUAUGUCCAAUAUACCAUUGAAAACCAGAAGUCAAGCAUCUUCUCCAUCGAUUCAGAUACUGGUGUCAUCUAUCUCAGUGGGACCCUUGAGCAAGAAAUGCAGCAGAGUUGGACUCUGUACAUCAGGGCUAAAGAUCGAGGAGUUCCCCAUUUAACAUCUCUGUUCAUGUUGACAGUGACUAUUGAAAAACCAGAUUUGAAGCCUCCUUUGGCUUUUGAACACUUAGUCUAUCAGACAGAAACAAGUGAAUUUCUUCUACCAAUAACCCAGAUACUUCAAGUCCAAGCCUUUUCACUGGAGCCACACCGUAAGACAUCCCAUAUUGUAUACUCACUGGAGCCCAGCACAGACUCUGUUGCAUUUGGCAUUGAUGCUUCUACAGGAUGGAUUUAUUUGAGGAAGCAAUUGAACUAUGAAGCAAUCCAAACAUACCGUUUCAAAGCCUUUGCCUGGAGCCUGGAGGACAGGUUGAGGCAAAAUGUGAGUACGACCAUAACGGUUCACGUUUUGGAUGAAAAUGACAAUUGUCCAACCUUUUUGCAAGAUGUCCUUUUUUUGCAAGUGGAGGAAAACCCUAUACCCCAAGGGGUAAUAGGAACAGUUGUAGCAACUGACAGAGACUCUGGGAAAAAUGGACAGUUGUCAUAUUCCCUUGUGUCUGAUGGGAAAUUCUUCAAGAUGAACCCCAAUACAGGUGAAAUUAUAAACUGGAUUGCGUUAGACCGGGAGCACCAAGUACAUCACCAGUUGAUGGUACUAGUGACUGACCAUGGGUCCCCUCCACAGAAUGCCACUAUGAUCACUUACAUCUCAGUGAUAGACCUCAAUGAUAAUAAACCUUAUUUUCCCCAGUUUCUUCCUGGAAAAGAGCUCAAAAUUAAGGUCCUGGAAGGUCAGACUGCGGAUAUGUUGGUUACCACCGUGUUUGCGAAGGAUCUCGAUUCAGGAAACAAUGGAGAAGUUUUAUAUUCAUUAUCUUCAGAAGAGAGUUCAGAGCACUUUAAGAUUGAUGCCAACAGUGGUGAAAUAAGAACAACGAGCCCACUCUCAUAUAACCAUAGGCCACAUUAUAGGAUGGUUGUAGUGGCAAGUGACCAAGGAAUGCCUCCUCUUCAAGGACAUGCAGUCAUUCACAUUCAGGUGAUCCCACUCUCCAAAGAAAGGUCUUCGGUUUCUCGAUAUAUUCAGCAUUUGGUCGUACCAGAAAACUUUAAGCCUGCAAAAAUAAUGAGCUUGAUAAAGUCCCCUGAUUAUCUUCAACAUCAAAAUGGGAUGCUGCAGUUAAAUAUAGUUGAAGAAGAUAAAGAUAUUCAUUUUGAGAUUGAGAGCUCAACGGGGGAUUUGUUUCUCUCCAGGGAACUAGAUUAUGAAAUGACCUCUCACUAUCUUCUCAGGGUGAUGACAAAAGAUAACAGCAAAACUCCUCCCUUGAACAGCACCAUCUUCCUUAGUAUUGAUGUGGAAGACCAGAAUGACCAUUGUCCUUCUUUCCAGGAGGAUUUCAUAGUGAUCAGCAUAGAGGAGAAUGUUUCUGUCGGAACACUGGUCUAUACAUUUAACGCCAAAGAUGGAGAUGGCAGUUUUCUAAACAGCAAAGUGCAGUAUUUCAUUGAAACUAACAGUCCUGCUGAAAAUCCCUUCCUAAUCCACCCCUCCUAUGGCACAUUGGUCACUGCAUCUCCAUUGGAUAGGGAAGCUGUUCAGUCUCUUGUUUUGACAGUGACAGCAUCGGACCAGGCUGUGAACGUAACAGACCGGAGAUUGAGAACCAUGACAGCAAAGGUGGUCAUUUUAGAUGUCAAUGACCACAGUCCUACUUUUGUGUCCUCUGCUAUUGCCUACGUCUCAGAAGAUGAAGAAAUAGGUUCCCUGGUGCAUCACAUUGUUGCUAAGGACCCAGAUGAAGGGAGGAAUGGAAGAAUCACAUAUCACAUUCUUUCAGGAAAUGAAAAUAAUACCUUUAUGUUGGAUGAGAUAUCAGGCUUGUUAACAACUAUUUGUCCUUUGGACUAUGAAACCCAAACCUUUCAUGUACUGACCCUCCUGUCACUGGAUGAUGGCCUGCCAGCACUCUCCACAACUCAGACCUUGACAAUUUAUGUCCUGGACAUAAACGAUGAGGCACCAGUGUUUAAGCAGCACUUCUAUGAAGCUACAGUUGCCGAAAACCAAGGUCCAGGGCAAUACGUUACAAAGGUAGAAGCUGUAGACCAAGAUUCAGGAAUCAACUCCCAACUGCAAUUUGAAAUCAUGCCAACUGCCAUAUCUGGGCUUUUCAAGAUCAAUUCAAGCACUGGAGAGGUGGUAACUGCAGCAACACUGGACAGAGAGACUCAGGAGAUCUUCACCCUUAGAGUACUGGUGAAAGACCAAGGAGUCCCCCCAUUAUCCAGCACCACUACUGUCCUCUGCAGGGUGAGAGAUGAAAAUGACCAUGCUCCCACUUUUAUUAUACCCAAUCCUGAAAUCCAGGUUUUAGAGAAUCAAGAACCAGAGGUCAUCUAUACUGUUUUAGCUGUGGACAUGGAUAAUGGCAACAAUGGAGCUUUGCAGUAUCAUAUAAUUGGAGGAAAUACUGAACAACAUUUCACCAUUCAUGAAACUUCAGGAGAACUCUCAACAACUGGUAGCCUAGACAGGGAGCACAUUAGCAAUUUCACCCUCAUUAUUGAGUGCUCUGAUCUGGGUAACCCACCUAGAAGCUUCAUAGGUGAGAUAAAAGUGACUGUCUUGGAUGAUAAUGACCAUGCCCCAACCUUCCCAACAUCCCACUACCACACCUGGGUGGAAGAAGACCUUGCAACGGGGUCAGUGAUCUUAGAGCUCUCUGCAGUGGAUGAAGACAUUGGCCUGAAUGGGCAGGUGGAAUACUUUCUAACCGAUGAUGUUCUGGGUGUCUUUACCAUUGACAGAACGGCCGGCACUUUGAAACUUGCCCAAAGCCUUGACCGGGAGACCAGGUCCCUGUAUGUGUUUAGGGUUGUGGCCAGUGACCGCAAUGUCCAAAGUCCAAGGAGAACCACUGUUGAUGUGACUGUAAAUAUAGAUGAUGUCAAUGACAACAUUCCUGUCUUUGGACAGAACCCUUUAGAUGUUUUUGUCUCUCCACAAAUGUCUGUGAACCAGACUAUUGCCACAGUGAUUGGCUAUGACUCAGACCUGGGACUCAAUGGAGCUGUUGUUUUUAGUUUUGUCGAGACCCAGUCAGUGUUCCAUAUUGAUGAACAUUCAGGAGAGGUUCGUCUUCAAAAGCACUUGUCCUCAGAACAUUUCCCUGUCUGGCUACAAGUAAAGGCUAUGGACCAGGGCAUCCCCCCCAGGAAAACCAUUGGUCUUUUGGUCAUCCAUAUGCAGGAAAAAGAUGUAAGAUUUUCCUUUAGUCAUCAGUUAUAUACGUCCACUAUAACCGAAAACUGUGAAGCUGAUACUUCCAUUGUGACUGUUGAAGCCUUCAUGCCAGAGACCAGUGGGAAAAGCAUAAAAUACUGGAUUUUUAGUGGAAAUGAAAAUGGAGUAUUCUCCUUAAACUCUACAACAGGUGAACUCACUGUGAAGGAGCCCACGUUUCUUGAUUUUGAGGUCAGAAAUGAAAUUAAUCUCAUUGUUUUGGCUGAAAGUAGCUGGCAUACAACCCAUUGCAAAGUGGCAGUCUUAAUACAAGAUGUGAAUGAUAAUGUACCAGUUUUUCAGUCAAGCAUUUACCAAGCAUCAGUGUCAGAAGGGCUGCCCUUCAAUACACAGAUCAUGCAGGUUUUUGCUGCUGACCUUGACAGUGACUUGAAUGGGCAAAUUGAGUAUUCAAUCCUCUCUGGCAACCAUGAUGAGGCAUUUCAGAUCGAUGCAGUGAGUGGAGUAAUAGCAACAAAUACAAUUCUGGACUAUGAACUUACCAGUUCCUACAGCUUGGUCAUACAAGCUGCUGAUAGAGGGAUGCCCAGACUUUCUUCUACAGCUGUGGUCAAGAUCCAAGUGGUAGACCUCAAUGAUAAUAUUCCAGUCUUCCUCCCCUCUGAACGUGUAGAAGUUCCAGAAAGUAUUCCGCUCGGUUCUGUCAUCACUCGAGUGGCUGCUCGUGACCGAGAUUCGAGCCCUGCUCUUGUCUUCAGUUUCCCCAAUGGUGGUAACCCUGGAGCCAGAUUUGCUAUUGACCACAUCACUGGAGCAGUGAUGCUGGUGAAGCCAUUGGACUAUGAAGGAGAAGAUGAAUAUAAGCUACUGGUUGAGGUUUCAGACUCUGUGCACCACACAGAAGCAACGCUCAUGGUCUACGUCAUGGAUGUCAAUGACAACCCCCCGCUCUUUUCACAAGAUUUCUAUCAGGUCACAUUGCCUGAAUUAACACCUGUAGGAUCUUCCAUCUUGACUGUGUCAGCCACAGAUCAGGAUACAGGAAAUAAUGGGGAGAUAUCCUACAAAAUCCUUUCUUCUGGUGAAGGAUUUUCAAUUGAUCCCCAGAAUGGCUCGAUAUUUACCGUCAAACCUGUCCUGCUUCUGGACAAAACAUCAAUAAUUCAGCUUCUUGUGGAAGCCAAAGAUGGUGGAAUCCCUCCUUUGACAGCCCUUACUUUGGUGGAAAUAGAAAUUCAGGAUGUAAAUAACCAUGCCCCUCAGUUUACCAUGGAGCACUACAACAUCACCGUGAGUGAAGAUGCUGUCAUUGGGACCACCCUGCUCACGUUUUCAGCUGUUGACCAUGACUGGACUAAUGAAAACACACAUGUUGAGUAUUCAAUCAUCAGCAGCAAUUUGCAAAACAUUUUCCUUGUGGAAACUCAUGUCAUUCCCUCAGGAUCCCCUUAUAAGCGAGCUGGUCAUCUUGUUCUGAGUCACCCUUUAGACAGAGAAACUAUGGCUUGUCAUGAACUCAUCAUUCUAGCUUCUGAUCAUGGCCAUGGCCCGUUGAAUUCUACCGCCACCAUAUUCAUAGACGUACUUGAUGCCAAUGAUAAUCCACCAAUAUUCAGCUCUCCGGAAUACCAUGCCCAUGUCAAGGAAAGCCUGCCUGUUGGUAGUCAGAUUGUUGUGGUCUCAGCAAAAGACCAAGACGUUGGAGCCAAUUCCGAGGUCCUCUACAACAUCAUCUCAGGAAACGAGAGAGGAUAUUUCCAAAUAGAUGGGGAAACAGGAGCUAUAGAUUUGAUGAAGCCCUUGGAUUAUGAGGAUACCUUGAUGUUCACUUUAACUGUUCAGGCCUCAAAUAGAGGAACAGAUAAUUUUGCUUUCUCCACAGUGUCUAUCAGCAUCCUGGAUGACAAUGAUCAUGUCCCCCAGUUCAUGUUCUCAAGUUUGAACUGUGUCGUCCCUGAAAAUCUGCCUAAUUUCUCUGUUAUGUGUACAGCGCAUGCUUUGGAUUUUGAUGCAGGUCCUUAUGGUCACCUAACAUAUUCCAUUCAGUCAUCCUGUUUGAUAGAUCAUGGGAUCCCCCAUGACCAUGACCUGUUUUUUAUUGACCAUUUAACAGGGGAUAUCUAUGCCAAAAAAAUCCUAGAUUAUGAAAGUGAAAAUAAACACUGUUUCAUUGUUCAGGCAGAAGACAAAGGUGAGGCGAAAGCCACUUUGAUGGUCCAAGUGGAUGUUGAAGGAAUUGAUGAAUAUGAACCUAUUUUCACACAAGACCAAUAUUUCUUUAGUCUUCCAGAGAGUCAUCAUGUGAGACAAGUUAUUGGCAAAGUAGAAGCAUCUGAUGCUGAUGCUGGAGUUGAUGGACUUGUGCUUUAUACCCUUGCAAAUCCAUCGAUAUUCUUUUCCAUUAAUAAAACUAGUGGAAAUGUCUAUUGGAUUGGAGGAGAGCCUCCCUUUAUGGGAAACAAUGUCAAGAAAGAUGACAUUAUUGAAAUGAAAGUAAUAGCACACAGUCCCAAGGUGGAUUCAAAGUCCUCUUCCUGCACCAUAUUUGUAAACAUGUCCUCUUCCUCUCAAGGAGGGCACUAUGCACUGUCUGCUAACAGCCUUUCAAUCAGCCUCACAGCCUCUGUUGUCAUAUUCCUGCUCUUGAUCAUCAGCCUUAUUGCCCUGAUUUUAAGAAAUAAACAAAAAGACACGGUGAACUCCUGUGGGGAAAAAAAGGUAUCCUCAUCAUCACCUAGUCAUCUGAGCCUGACUACUGAUCCCAGCAUCCUCAAGGACUCUCAGAAAGCUCCAGAUGUAGGUAAUGGCAUUCUGCCCAUGGGUUCCAUGUCUGAGUGGUUGAAUUUAGUAGAUAUGAGAGAGAAGAAGGAUAUGGUGAAUCCUUGCAGGCAUUCAGACUCAAGUGGCCACUGCUCAGUGGAAGGAGAUACUGCUGAGGAUGAGGAAAUCAAGAGGAUCAAUGAAUACCCCUGCCGAAAGGGCUCUGGCUCGGUUCUGAGUGACCGUGGAUCUCGAGUACCAGAUUCUGGAAUUCCCAGAGACUCUGACCAGCUCUCUUGCCUGUCCGGAGAAACAGAUGUGGUGAUCACCACUGAAACCUUAGAGAGCAGUUACACCCUGGAAGGUAUAGGAGAAAGGUGUGAUGCUAUUUAUGCUCAAAACAGAGUGUUAUCUCAGACACUCCACAAGAUUGAGAUGAAAGAGAAAACCCUUAUGGAAGAUACUAGAAGAGAUUAUAUCUUUAUUUCAAAUGAUCAAGACUCAAGGUAUGGAUCUCUUACAACUUUAGAAGCUUCCUCUAGGGAUCCAAGAAGCAACUAUGACUGGGAUUACCUCCUCAACUGGGAGCCCCAGUUUCAGCCUCUUUCUUCUGUCUUCAAUGAUAUUGCAAAACUGAAAGAUGAACACUUGCAGGUUCCUGGCUUACCACAGGGGAAGAAAUCUUUUGUUUUCCCACCACCUUUGAUCACAUCAGUAGCACAGCCUGGCAUAAAGGCAGUGCCCCCUCGAAUGCCAAGCCUCCCACCAGGAAAAGGAUUCAAGAAAUACCCACGUUCUCCCCUUCACCAGAACCCUCACUAUCCACCAGCAGCCAUGACCCCCAGUUUUUCUCCAUCUCUCUCCCUGCUAACCGUGCAAUCUCCUGCUAUGUCUCCCCUGUUGCCAGAUGCUGGGUUGUUAGGAACAUGCCUUGUUAGGACAGCCCAUGGACCCAGGGCAGAAGAAGAAGUUCAGCUGUGA